AUGCGGAUUGUGGGCACCGAUAAGGACAGGGAUCUUGCUGCCCUCAAAGCGUCGGCGGCAUGGGCGGCGGAGCAGCACAGCAGCGUGCUCGCCGCGAAGGGCCCCGGCGCGGCGCUGAUUCAGCGCCUGGUCCUCGGCCACGUCGCGACGGACGUGCUCAGCCAGUUCGCCAAGUUACCUACCUACCCGCCGCCGCCGGACGACGUGGCAGAGCGCGUCCGCGAGGUUGUGAGGGCGGCCUACAAAGAGCUGCGAGAGGCCGCCCUCGGCGCCGCCACCGCCGACCCCGCCCCCGCCGCCGCGCCGCCGCCGCCGCGCUCCAUGACGGCGGCCUGCCUGCUCGCCAAGCUGCUCGUCGACGCGCUGGACUCGCGCGCGUUCGGGUCGGCCCGGCUGGGCGACGAAAGCGGCCGGCAUGAGAUGCGGCUUGAGCUUGCGAUCUUCCUUCUCGAGGCACUCCCCGCGGGCUGGGACGACGAGGCCGCGUUUUACCCCGUCCGCGCCGAGAGGCAGCUGCUCGACAGCGCUGGCGCCUCGGCGGCCGAGCGCGGCGGCGGCGCCGCCGCGCGGCCCGCGCGGCUGCUGUUUGCGGAGUCAUACGUGCGGCUGUUUGAGGUGCUGAACGAGCAGCGGACGGCGCUGGCGAAGGAGCUGCAGAAGCAGGAGCUGGAUGAGCUGAACAAGCAGAUAUUGGGGCUGCUGAAUCCCUACAAGGCAGCGAAGGCCGAGGUCGCGGCGGCAGCACCGGCGGCGGUUAAGGAAAAAGAGAAGGUGUGA